AUGUCAACACAUCGUCAAGAUCGGAUGCUACUUUGGUCGCGAUCCCUGCUUUGCUAUCUUUUAUUGGCUGUUCUCUCGAUCCUGUUGCUGUCUCCCAGGUCCGCCGAGGCUGGACGUCUGGUCGUCUCAGACGCAGCUGGUCCGAGUUUCGUCGAUUUUGACCCCGAACGAACAGGAACCAGACAUGGGAGCAAUUUCAGGCGAGAAAUAGGCGGCCGUAAUGACAUCAAUGCUUCUGCUACAAGAGAGAGUCUGGCGGCAUUGCUUGUCUUUCUGCUAAACGAUCUCAACAAUGAGGAAGUAGAUUCAGUGAUCGAGGAGAUAAGGGCCAGGAUUUACGUAAGUCAACUGCGGAAACUGUCCACAGGUCUUUCAGUUAAUUACUAUUUUUUAUUAUUUUGGGACCGCAUGGAGGUUGAAGAAGCCAUCGUUUUGUUUCAGACUAUGGACAAGUAA